AUGAGAGUAUUCAAGCUCCUCUGGCUGCUCGCUGCAGCCGCCUUGGCAGCGCCUUCUUCUCAGAGUGAAGAGGACAUCAGUUACUUCCGAGUCACUCUGCAGCAACACAAGACCAAUUCAGAGAAAGAGAUUCUGGUAAUCGAUACCUCCACUUCGGAUAUCCUUGCAUCCGCCUGCUCUCUUGCCCUCGACACCGGGGCCUUUGCCGACUUCAGCAUCGUCGCCGAUGUUGGGCUUAAUGGCAACGGCAGUAUCAUUGCAGGACCAAUGUACAAUGAGUACGAUUCGUUGCUAGUGUGCGAUGAUGUUCCUGUGUCUAGCAUGGUCCAAUUGAGCCGCAUUGGAAAAAAUGGCCGCCCAGCUUGUUUCAGUGAGCCUGACAAGUUGCACUUACGUCCAGUGGCAGAAUCCACCCAUAUCAUGGACACUCUUCCAAUGCCCUUUAGCCAAGAAAAUCUCACUCAACCUGCACAUGAGGACGAACUGGAGCAGCGACAAAUCAGCCCGUGCAGUAUGUGGUACCCGGCCACAGAACUUGUCGGAGACGGCGACCCUCAUCAGAAUUAUUACCAUAAGCAGUUGAGUGAGAAUCUGGACUGGGGGGAUUUAGACGAAUGUGCUGUCUCGGCAUCAUCAUCUAAAUCCUAUACCAUCGGCUGGACAGCAACCGCAAAUGUAGGCCAGUGGAUCUCUGGUGGUUUUGCAGUGGAAGAGAACUGGGAAACUGGCAGUGCGUAUGGGUGCACUGGUCAUGCUCACGAGACAAUCUGUCUCUGGUACAAGAUUGCUCAUAUUGCGUACACUGUUCGAAAUGGGCAAUUCAACCAGUGUACGGGCUUCAACCCUAACGAUGAUGACAGCUUCGUCAUGACCUCUCCCAACGAAGGCAACAAGGGGGGUAAGGAUUACUGUGUUACUGGUCAUUGCCGUAGUCAGGGACAGGGUUACUGGAGCGAUUAUGCCCCUGCAGGUGGACCUUGA